AUGUCCUUCGGCAAGACCGUCACCCUCAACUCCGGCCACAAGAUCCCGACCCUGGGCUACGGCACCUGGCAGGCCAAGCCCGGCGAGGUCGGCGACGGCGUCUACGAGGCCCUCAAGGCCGGCUACCGCCACCUCGACCUGGCCAAGAUCUACCAGAACCAGCGCGAGGUCGCCCAGGGCAUCAAGCGCGCCCUCGCCGACAUCCCCGGCCUCAAGCGCGAGGACAUCUUCAUCACGUCCAAGCUGUGGAACAACAAGCACCGCCCGGAGGAGGUCGAGCCCGCCCUCGACGACACCCUGGCCGAGCUCGAGCUCGACUACCUCGACCUGUACCUGAUCCACUGGCCUGUCGCCUUUGCCAAGGGCGAUGAGCUGUUCCCCCGCGCAGCCAGCAACAAGGACGAGGUCGAUAUUGUCGACGAUGUUCCUCUGACUGAGACGUGGAAGGUCGCUAACCUGCUCAUUUCCCCUUCUCUAGCCGUCACCAAGCUGCCCAAGAGCAAGGUCCGCUCCGUCGGUGUCUCCAACUGCACCAUUGAGCACACCGUUCCCUCGCUAACCUACCUGCCUUCCCGGGCAACACAGCUCGAGCACCUGAUCAAGGAGACGGGCGUCGUCCCCGCCGUCAACCAGGUCGAGCGCCACCCGCGCAACCCCCAGCCCAAGCUCGUCGAGUACGCCGCGCAGAAGGGCAUCCACAUCACCGCCUACUCGGCCUUCGGCAACAACAGCCUCGGCCUGCCGCUGCUGGUCAGCGUGCCCGAGACGCAGGCCGUCGCCGAGCGCCUGUCCAAGGCCGCGGGCAAGACGGUCACGGGCGCCCAGGUCGUGCUGGCCUGGUCGCAGCUCGGCGGCCACAGCGUCAUCCCCAAGUCGGUCACGGCGUCGCGCAUCCGCGAGAACUUCCAGGAGGUCGAGCUCGACGACGAGGCCGUGCAGGCCAUGAACAAGCUCGGCGAGAAACCGCAGCGGUUCAACAUCCCCACCGGCUAUAACCCCAAGUGGGACGUCAACAUCUUUGGCGACGAGAAGGAGCAGGGUGCUAAGCACCAGGUUGUUCUGUAA